UGGCGGGAUGCUGUUGAUGGGCUGAGAAUAGCCACGACAAGCCGAGAAAGGGGACGACAACGGGAUGAAAAGGGCCGACAGAAACCUGACAACGAGAUGAGAGGCGGCGGUGGUUGUGCAGGUACAGGCAGAGGCGGAGGCGGAUGCGCGGCGAUGCUUCGGUGGCCGGAAGGUGGGCGAGAAUGGAUGGAUGUUGGCAGAAGGCAGCGGCGAUGUGAUGGUUGGACUGCCGGACUUAUGCCUGCCUUAUAUCUUCUUCUUCCUCACAAAUUCCUCUACCACCUGGGAGCAAAAAAACAG